CUAUAAUCUAUCUAUCUAUCAUAUGAUCAUAUCCACACAAUGGACAAUACGAGUUGGGAGCAGAAGCUCCACGCGCUGACUCACAUCCUAACCAGCCCAACCCACGCGCCGCCGCUCCACUCGCAGCUAUUCAUCGCCACCCAAAUCCCCUGCUACCUCAACUGGAACUACCCUCCCCUCCUCUGCCGGCGCUCAUCCUCAUCCCCUCCUCCGCCGCCGCUCAUGAGAUGGGCCUUGUCUCAGUUCAUCAAAAGGGGGCGAAGAUUAGGGUUGCCGGAGACCUCUUGGCGGUGCAAAUGCCCCUACCAACUGCCUCCGCCGCUGAUUUUGGCGAAAGGGGUGGCGGCCGGCGAGUGGGGAGAAGAGGAGAGGAGGAGAUAUGUGAGGUCCAGAUUGAGACGGAGAAGGCUGGUGAACGAUGUUAAUCCAUUGAUUCCAAUUCUAGUUCCUAAUCUCUUGGUGCUUUUACUUUUGUUUUGGGUUCCCAUUUCCCUCCAAGAUAACUAAAUUUUUGGUGUUUUUAGCUUCAUAUCUUUUUCUAUUUCAAGUUAUGUUAUUGUACAAAUAAAUUAAUAAUAAUGUACUUGGAAGAGUUAUGUUUA